CGUGUGUCGCAGUCUUCACACUGGCACUUUAAACAUUCACACGUGCAGGCAUGUCCAAAGCAAAGCAAAAGCGAGCGAAACGGCUGGGGUUUUGCGGUAAAAAGCCUAAAGAUGGGACUCAGUCUCAAGGAGGAAAGAAGGAUCCUGGAGUACCUAAUGUGCGCAGCUUCAAAGAACACAGUCAGAGACAAGCUGAACUCCGAAAACAGAGGUUGGAGGAGCAACAGGAGAGGCAGAGGCUGUCAAGAGAGAAAGAGAUGAUGAAAAGAAGAAGUCUGGACAGUUACCAGAAAGACAUACAGUUACGACAGAGAGAGUUCGAACAGAGGGAAAUCCAGAUGCAAAAUCUGGAGAAGCAUGUCAACUUCGAAUCUGAGAACUCAAGAAAAGCGUACUGUAGAGAGUUUAAAAAGGUAAUCGAGGCGGCAGAUGUUAUUCUAGAGGUUCUGGAUGCCAGAGACCCUUUAGGCUGUCGCUGUCCACAGGUUGAACAGGCUGUUGUCCAAAGUGGAACCAACAAAAAAAUUGUACUUGUUUUAAAUAAAAUUGAUUUAGUGUCCAAGGAUAUUGUGGAAAAAUGGAUCAAGUAUCUUCGCAAUGAGUUUCCUACCGUGGCUUUCAAAUCUUCCACUCAGCAGCAGAACAGAAAUUUGAAACGCAGUCAUGUGCCUGUGACUCAGGCUACUCAAGAGCUUCUGGAAAGCAGUGCAUGUGUUGGAGCAGAUUGCUUAAUGAAAUUAUUAGGAAACUACUGCCGGAACCAAGAUAUAAAAACUGCCAUUACUGUAGGAGUGGUUGGUUUUCCAAAUGUGGGGAAAAGCAGUUUAAUUAACAGCUUAAAGCGUGCUCGGGCAUGUAAUGUUGGAGCUACGCCAGGAGUUACAAAGUGUUUACAGGAGGUCCAUCUUGACAAGCACAUCAAACUUUUAGAUUGUCCUGGCAUCGUCAUGGCCACUUUAACCAGUGAUGCUGCCAUGAUCCUACGCAACUGUGUGAAGAUCGAACAGCUAGUAGACCCAUUGCCAGCUGUUGAAGCCAUAUUAAGGCGCUGCAAUAAAAUGCAGAUUAUAGAUCAUUAUGGAAUUCCAGACUUCCAGACGGCACACGAGUUCCUGGCCUUACUUGCCCGACGUCAAGGCAAGCUGAGGAAAGGAGGACUUCCUGACUCUGACAAAGCUGCCAAGAGCGUUCUCAUGGAUUGGACAGGGGGUCGCAUCAGUUACUUCACACAUCCUCCUGAAACGCACACAUUGCCCACUCAUGUGAGCGCUGAGAUUGUAGCUGAGAUGGGCAAAGCGUUUGACUGGGAUGAACUGGAGAAGGGCAAUCUAGAGGCUUUGGCUGAGUGUGGCUCGUCUGAUGUACAGAUGGGAUUCUGCAUGGCUACCUCUGGGUUGACACAAGGAGGUCAUGGGGAAGAUCUGGCAGAAUUGCAUAUGGAUGAACCAUUAUACGACCCUGAACUUCAAGACAAAGUUGAAUCAAUGGAUGCAGAUGAGGAUCCAGAGUUUGGACCGAUGACCGUUGAGCUCAAAGUUCCCAAGACAAAGAGCGGUGCUGUUGAAGCUGUCGGGCCAAAGCCAGUGGAUCUGAAGGACAUUCUGGAUAUUGAUCCACUCCUGCAAGGUCAGGCUCUUCAGGCGGCCAACAAAAAGAGGAAGAAGCAGCAAAAGAGAGCUGAUAAACUCGGCACCAAACUUUCAGAUUCUCUCACGGCAGCUUUGAAUUUCUCCUUCUCUGACAGCUGAUGUGACGAGCAGCAAGUCAGGACGCUCAGAAGUUCAUUCUAAUUUAAUUUGUGGUCGAAAAAAUGUAACAGUUUUGUAUAUUUAAAUGAUCUUCAAUUUAAAAUAUGCAAAUAAAUUAAAUUUUUCCUGAGGAGAAUGACUUAACUA